CAACCCUGUAUUUCAUCACCAAAUUCACCACUAGCUCAACGUACUAGCAUCGUCGCUAUUGUCAACACAGCCUGAUAAGAUACCAGAACUGCCGGAGUGAUCGAUCCAUACAACUCCAGAGACGAGAAUGACGCUCGUGGAGAUGUGCGUGCACAUGGACUGCCCCGGGUGCGAGAAGAAGAUCCGGAAGGCGGUGCAGCGGCUGGAAGGCGUGCACGACGUGGAGAUCGACAUGGCGCAGCAGAAGGUGACGGUGAACGGGGACGUGGAGCAGAAGAAGGUGCUCAAGGCGGUGCGGCGGACGGGCCGCCGCGCCGUCCUGUGGCCGCUCCCGUACGCUCCGGCGGGCGCGGCCGCCGGCGGGGCCGGCGCCGGCGCGGCGCACGUCCUGGCGCACCAGCAGCUCAUGUACCAGCCCGGCGCCGCAGGCCUGGCGGCGCACGCCAGCCACGCGGCGCGGCCCGCGUCCUCGUACAACUACUACAAGCAUGGCUACGACGACUCGCGCAUGUACGGCGCAUACUACCACCACGGUGCCAACUCGGCCGUCGCCGGCACCAGGGCCACCGACUACUUCAGCGACGAGAACGCGCAGGGGUGCUCCGUCAUGUGAUUCACAGACAGGAUCCCCAUGUCAGACAUGUAAAUUUCAGAGGUAUAAUUGGAAAUUUGGAAUCGGUGUGGAAGCCUUGGAAUUACAAGCUAUCGUAUAUAGUAUGCAAUAUACAUGUGAUUGACGACA